AAUGUGGGUAGUAGGGUAGCGGGGGAAUGAAGGCGCUCUCGCUGCUGGCGCUGGCCCUGGCGCUGGCGUCGCUUCUCCAGAUCCGCCCAGCUGCCGUCGCCAAUCUGUGCGAUGCCCUCGACGAUCGCCAACUCCGGAUCACGGGUAAUGUGUCGAGCGAGCUGAUUGUCAGGUUCCGGGAGUACAGGCAUGCGUCGAUCCACAAGCGAGCGCUGCUGGAGGCGCUCCACGGCGUGUCCGGAUGGGAAUGGAUCGAUCGGAACAACCCCGCGGCCGCAUUCCCCACGGAUUUCGGUCUUGUUCGGGUCGAGGAUGGGUUUGCUCCCGGAUUGGAGCAGCAUCUCCGGCGAGUGAGCUUCGUCUUGGAUGUCUCUCCUCAGAUGCGUUUCACGCGCUCUCCUCUGGCCGAAGGGAAGCCUCCUGGACGACUUCGCACUGGUUUCAGCCACGAUGAGCAAGAAGAGGAACCACUUCUUGGUAAUGUGACGCUCAGCAAGCGUCACCUUCUCAUCCAGAGGUCUCAAAUAACAUCCAUGUUUGGAGCUGAGAAGCUCUGGGCGAAGGGAUUUACCGGAGCCAAAGUCAAGAUGGCAGUUUUUGAUACCGGUGUGAGGUCGGAUCAUCCACAUUUUCGAGACAUUAAGGAAAGAACAAACUGGACAAACGAGGACACUCUGAAUGACAAUCUCGGCCAUGGAACGUUUGUUGCCGGUGUCAUCUCCAGCCAAGAUCCGCAAUGCCUCGGCUUUGCACCCGAUGCUGAAAUAUACGCUUUUCGUGUCUUCACUGACGCGCAGGUCUCUUACACCUCAUGGUUCUUGGAUGCCUUCAACUACGCCAUUGCUACAAGGAUGAAUAUUCUCAACCUCAGUAUUGGUGGCCCCGACUAUCUGGAUCGUCCAUUCGUUGAAAAGGUAUGGGAACUCACAGCCAACAACAUUAUUAUGGUAUCAGCCAUUGGAAACGAUGGGCCCCUCUACGGAACUCUGAACAAUCCUGCUGAUCAAAACGACGUGAUUGGUGUUGGAGGGAUCGAUCACAACGACCAUAUUUCGUCCUUCUCAUCUCGCGGAAUGAGCACCUGGGAAAUUCCUCAUGGGUAUGUGGUCACUAAUCCAUAUGAACAAUAUAACUUCAAGUUUUUCGGUUCCAGGUACGGGCGCAUCAAGCCCGAUAUCGUGGCCUACGGACGCGAUGUUUUUGGAUCCAAAAUAACUAGCGGCUGUAAGAGCCUGUCCGGAACAAGUGUCGCGAGUCCCGUUGUUGCGGGUGCCGUAUGCCUUUUGGCUAGCGUUGUUCCUGAGAGCGUCCGGUGGAGUAUCUUGAAUCCGGCAAGCAUGAAACAAGCGCUUGUGGAGGGUGCAACUCGUUUAAAUGGUCCCAACAUGUAUGAACAAGGUGCUGGCCGUUUGAACUUGCUGGACUCUUACGAAAUUCUUGUCAAUUACCGUCCCCGUGCCAGUGUGAUGCCGGCCAUCCUCGACUUUACAAGCUGCAAUUACGCAUGGCCGUUCUGUAGGCAACCGCUUUACGCUGACGCAAUGCCAACGAUGUUCAAUGCGACCAUUCUAAACGGCAUGGGUGUGAUAGGCUACCUGGAGUCGCUUCCUAUAUGGAUCCCCGGACAGAACGGGCAACUGCUCAACGUUCGGGUGACGCACUCGACGGUGAUUUGGCCGUGGACAGGAUACUUGGGCAUCUACUUAGAGGUGACAGAAGAUGGUGCCAGUUUUACUGGUGUAGCGGAAGGAAACAUCACUUUCACGGUCGUCUCUCCGCCAGCGAAAGGCGAGAACCAGUCGAGAAGAAGCUCCGUUGUGCUACCCGUUAGAGUUCCAGUGAUUCCCACUCCACCAAGGGCCAGAAGGAUCCUCUGGGAUCAGUUUCACAGUAUACGCUAUCCGCCAGGUUAUAUACCGCGAGAUUCAUUGGACGUCCGGAAUGACAUUCUUGACUGGCACGCGGACCAUCUUCAUACAAACUUCCAUGCCAUGUUCGACGCAUUGAGAGAUGCCGGCUACUAUCUCGAGACAUUGGGAUCUCCAUUAACUUGCUUCGAGGCCAGGAACUAUGGAACUUUGUUGAUGGUCGACCUGGAGGACGAGUUUUACCCGGAAGAGAUUGACAAGCUUCAAGAUGACGUGGAGAGGCAUGGCCUGGGGGUGAUAGUCUUUGCGGACUGGUAUCACGUGGAUACCAUUGUCAAAAUGAAGUUCUUUGACGACAACACUCGAAGCUGGUGGACUCCUGCCACCGGUGGUGCAAAUGUUCCUGCCUUGAACGACCUGCUUGCACCAUUUGGUAUAGCUUUCGGGGAUAGCAUCUUGAACGGAGCCUUUUCCUUAGCAGGGGAGCGGUCUCACUACGCUUCGGGUACAGAUAUUCGCAAGUUUCCUGCUGGGGGGUUUAUACACAGGUUCACUUUGCAAGACAAUUCUGCUGCAAACAAAGCCGUCAGUACAGCUACAUCGAGGUCUUCUAUCCGAACGCAGGUAGAGUCACCAGUGCUUGGAGCUGUGACGGCUGGGAAUGGACGCCUAGCUGUUUAUGGCGAUUCAAACUGUUUAGACAGCAGUCACAUGGUAACAAACUGCUACUGGCUCCUGAGAAAGCUCCUGGACUUUACCAGCGACAACGUCUAUGAUCCGGCACUAUUCUCCUCUUCCAACGAGCUUUCCUCGCCCCUCGGCGGGCCGGACACUCAUCUGCCGUUACGCAGACCCGACGUAAAUCUCACGGGUUAUUCACUGGUGCUCGGCCACAAGAUGCAGUGUGGCAGUGACGCUCCGACUAGCAUCCGGCAAGCAGUGUACGAUGGUAACAGGGACAGACGCUUACACAGGUCGCUGCCACAACGCCAGCCAAUGGACAACAGUAUCAACUUGAGCUCGGAAGGUACCAGGCCUGCAAACUUGUCCUUGGCCAAAAAGCAGAGUACCAUGCUGGAUGAUCGACAUCAGAGGCAUUACGCGAUCGGUAAGACUGCGCGGAAUCAAACCGGUCAUGUGGCGAUCUUACCAGUUUUCUGGACGCGUGAUGAGUUGGAGUCCCCAGUGCUUGUCGCAGUUCACUGGUUCGUCCCUCUGCUUUUGUGUAUAACAGGAUUCAUUCUGACACUGAGCUUGUGGCGGGUACGUCAGAGGAGGAGAAGAAAAGCUCGGAAAAACACGGGUACGCGCUUGUUGAUUUUUUGAGCUACGUUUUAAUUAUUGAAGAAGAACAGUAUGCUUUCAACUAAA